UAUAUUAUUAUGUCUUCAUCCAACACCCCACCAUCACAACAACCAUUUAGCCUCUUUGAACCCAUCCGCACUCCCACCGGAUUCUCAUGGCUACAGCGCAACACGGCGGUAGCCCAGCCGAGCGAGAAGCGGGGGCGGCGCAAGCAGGCGGAGCCGGGGCGGUUCCUAGGCGUGAGGAGGCGGCCGUGGGGGCGGUACGCGGCGGAGAUCCGGGACCCCACCACCAAGGAGAGGCAUUGGCUUGGCACCUUUGACACUGCCCAAGAAGCUGCCCUAGCCUACGAUAGAGCUGCCCUAUCCAUGAAAGGCGCCCAAGCAAGAACCAACUUCAUUUACACCACCGAUUCUUGUUACACCACCAAUACAAACAACCCCUUUGAUCUCCACCCCCACCCCUUCGUCCUCACCUGCACCCCGCCGGAGAAGAAACCCGCCGCCGCCGCCGCCGCCAACCCACCGCCGGUGAACAACCACGGCGGCUCAUCGGAUAAUGAAUCAUCCUAUGGCUCUUCCCCUCAAGAAAACACUCUUUUCUUCCAAUUCUCCCCACACGAAGAACACAAUAACUCUGGGUACUUGGAUUGUAUAGUGCCGGAUACAAUCUUGAAACCCCCCAACACAAAAACAACAAAUUCCCAAGAAACCAACGAAAAUGGAAACUAUUACACCACCACCCCACAAAAUCUUCCUUGGUUUUGGGAAGGCCAACAGUCAUGGGAUAUCAUGAAUUCAUGCGACGACGAAGACCUCACCGCCAUACUAAACAACAACAAGAAGAAAAGUUCGAUGUACGAGGUGAGGAAUGCAUGCAUGGGCAUGGGAAAUAAUGAUGAAAAUCCAGCCAUUAUUAAUGGGAAUGCAUUGAGCUUUGAUGAUGAGGUCAUGAUGAUGCAAGGAGGGGGAGCUACUUCUUCAUCAUCAUCAACAACAACUUGCUCUUAUGCCUUUGGAGAUGCCAAUGACUAUGGCUACUCCCUUUUCUAAAUGCAUUAUUAAUAUAAUCCCAAAGUUGAUGUGGAAAUUAAAGGA